UUAGAGGGGUUUUUUCCCAUAAUUCAGCGUCAGAACGAACGAGAAGAGUCCGCGACCCUCCGCCCCUCGCUUCCCCUCCUCCCUCUCUCCCCGGCAAGCCAAAUCGUUACCAGAAAUAAAGAUCAGAUUGUGUCAAAUAUAUAGAAAUUUUCGUCCAUCGUAAUCGAGCAUAGGUUGGGGAAUCGAUCGAUCUGAAUUCUAUCAUGGGAACCCUUCGACUCUUACUCGAUCAAUCGUUUGUUAAAAACAUUCUAUGUUCCGGCAGAACCGAUUUUGGUUUAAAAUCUUUAUAUGCUUGUGGUUUAUAGCUGGGGCGAGGGAGUCAUAUUUUAAAAUAAGAUAUCAUCAUUUUAGGUCAUUGACAUCCAUAAUCAUGAGUUAUGUGCUACGGGGAAGCAGGAUUGGCGUCGAAACUGGAUUGCCAAGAUUUAUUCAAGAUAGGCGAUUAACACGUAUGCAGGCGGGCGUUCGACCUGUUAAUAACAAUUCCAUGGCUUUUCUCUUGACGGUCCUUGUGCUCUUCAUGAUACUAAAUUCACAUCAGAUGUCACCCAACUUUCUGAUUUGGCUUCUCUUGGUGGUGUUUCUGAUGGUCACAAGCCUUAGGAUGUAUGCAACGUGCCAGCAGCUUCAGGCUGAAGCCCAUGCUCAUGCUGCUGCUGCUAGUGGUUUGCUUGGGCACACAGAGCUGCGAUUGCAUGUUCCACCAUCCAUUGCCCUUGCUACAAGAGGGAGGUUACAGAGCCUCAGACUCCAACUUGCCCUUCUUGACCGAGAAUUUGAUGAUUUAGAUUAUGAUGCCUUAAGAGCAUUGGAUUCGGAUAAUCCUCCAGAUGUUCCUUCAAUGACUGAGGAAGAGAUCAAUUCUCUUCCUGCACACAAAUACAAGGUCUUGUCUGGUGAAGGAUCUAACUCUGGAUGGAAGAGCAAUGGAUCAUCGUUCCAACAGGCAUCAUCUUCUUCCAUAACUACAAGUGAGCAGAAAAGGUUGGAAAGUGGGAAAUUAAAUGGAAAUUUUAAUUCUCAAGAAGAUGAACUGACAUGCAGUGUUUGCUUGGAGCAAGUCAAUGUGGGAGAAACAGUACGGAGCUUACCGUGCUUGCAUCAGUUUCAUGCAAAUUGCAUUGACCCGUGGUUGCGCCAACAAGGUACAUGCCCCGUAUGCAAGCACAAAGUGAAUUCAGCAUGGCAUAUGACUGGCGAGGAUGCAACGGACAUGGUCUAGCUUGUUAUUCUUCUGCAGUUAUAUAUACCAAGCAUAGAGCCUGUCCGGGUGCUGCCGGAGCUGGACUAACAGUGCAUGUCCUAAAUUGUUAGAAAGCCCGACUAGUUCGAACUCAAUUUGCAAUAUGUCAACCUAGUGGUUCAGUGUAUAUGAUCACUGAUGUAAACAAAUGAAACCUCUUUAUUCGACUGUAUUUUGUGGGUAUACUGGUGUAUCUUAGAUUCUCAGAUUAGAAUUUUUCUUAUUUUCUUGAA